AAUCCCUGGUGUCAGGAAGUAAAGAGAGUGAGGAUGGGAGGGGCGCGAGGAUUGGCCGAGGCACCACUCGCGGCGACGCUCGCUUUGCUGGGAAGGUGGAGGGAUGCUGCCGCGCCCACCUCGCCCCGCGUCACUGCGGCUUCCGGAAGCUCCACGCCCCUCCGUAUUCGGGCGCCUCCGAGGUUCCGGAAAAGCACGACGGAGCGGGCCGAGCGGUCACCGGCCGGCCCCCUGGGCGCGGCGGAGGGGCUAGGGCUAGGCAAGCGCUUUGUUCUGUGGUUGGUUCUCGCGCUCGCAGGCGCGCAGGAGAGGCGCUGGGCAGGGCUGGCGCGCGCGUCCUGGGGAUCUGCGGAGGCGGCUCCGCCUCCAGCCCGCGGCAAAGGAGCCGACGCGAGCCAGUGCCUCCAAAGCAGUCUCGGGACCCCCCAGCCCAGGCGCCCGGCGGAGACACAAAGGCUGGCGGGGUGUGGGAGCAACUGUGGAGCCGGCAAAGGGAAAGCGAGAGGCCCGGGCCAGGCCAGUGCCUGAGUGAAGGCACCCUCCCGACCCCAGCGGUACCCAAGCCUGCCCUCGUGGGCCUGCCUAGCCCAGCCCGGCGCGCCACAGCCAUGGCCAUUGCCCAUCUGGCCACCGAGUACGUCUUCUCGGACUUCUUGCUGAAGGAGCCCUCGGAGCCCAAGUUCAAGGGGCUGCGGCUGGAGCUGGCCGUGGACAAGAUGGUCACGUGCAUCGCCGUGGGGCUGCCGCUGCUGCUCAUUUCGCUGGCUUUCGCGCAGGAAAUCUCAAUCGGUACCCAAAUAAGCUGCUUCUCCCCCAGUUCUUUCUCGUGGCGUCAGGCUGCCUUCGUCGACUCUUACUGUUGGGCGGCCGUCCAGCAGAAGGACACCUUGCGGGGCGACUCUAGAAACCUCCCACUGUGCCUGCAUAAGUUUUUCCCCUACAUCCUGUUAUUGGUGGCGAUCCUCCUGUACCUGCCUUCCCUCUUCUGGCGGUUCACAGCGGCUCCUCAUCUUUGCUCAGACCUGAAGUUUAUCAUGGAAGAACUUGACAAAGUUUACAACCGUGCAAUUAAAGCCACAAAGAGCGUGCGUGACAGUGACUUGAGAGACGGUGCCUGCCCAGCUCCGGACGUUAAGGAGUACAUGGGGCAAAGUGCGUGGGAGCUAUCAGAAAGCCACUUCAAGUACCCAAUUGUGGAGCAGUACUUAAAGACAAAGAAAAGCUCCAGAAAUUUAGUUGUCAAGUACGUCACCUGUCGGGUUCUGACACUCAGCAUCAUACUGUUAGCAAGCAUCUACCUGGGCUAUUACUUUAGCCUCUCCUCCCUCUCGGAUGAGUUCAUCUGCAGCAUCAAAUCCGGCAUCCUGAAAAACGACAGUGCUGUCCCCGAUCGCUUCCAGUGCAAACUCAUCGCCGUCGGCAUCUUCCAGCUGCUCAGUUUCAUCAACCUCGUGGUGUAUGUCCUGCUGGCGCCCGUGGUGAUCUACACGCUGUUUGUUCCAUUCCGACAGGCGACCGAUAUCCUCAAGGUAUAUGACGUCCUGCCCACCUUUGGCGUUCUGCAUUUCAAGUCUGAAGGGUACAAUGACCUGAGCCUCUACAUUCUUUUCUUGGAGGAGAAUAUCAGUGAACUCAAGUCAUACAAAUGUCUCAAGAUCCUGGAGAAUAUUAAAAGCAGUGGUCAAGGCAUCGACCCCAUUCUUCUCCUGACCAACCUCAGCAUGAUCAAGAUGGACAUGGUUGAUGGCAGAAAUCUCAAGCCUAUGGAGAUGAUGGCAGAGGAGCAGGAGGACCAGACGGCAGAGCUCAAAGAUUUGAAUGUACACAGUGAAACAAAGGAUGGAGAGAAGAAUGCUCGACAGAGGCUUCUCGAUACUUCUUGCUGAUGCUUUUUUCUCCAUGAACUUCAGAUCUAUGACUGCCGCGAGGGGGGAUUCAUUUUGGCUAAAGCACCUCUGUCAGGUUCCCAGUGGGUUUGCAGUCCUGGUUCUCAGCAGAGACACUGAGCAGAACUUACUGAGUCUCUGAUAAGAGUGAUGGGCAACGGAACACUGCGGAAGGGUGGUUGGUGAACUUCCCACGAGGCAACGUGGAGAUCUUUAAGCCACAGCAGGUGGAGAUGCGUAAUUCCUCAUUGGACGGAAAGUAGAAAGACUAAUCCAAGUGAGCCCAGUAGCCCUUUUAGAGCCUCCGAGAAACACCUUUCUGUACGAUGGCGCAGCAAACCUCAGAGCUACUGGGCUGCAAGGACUUGGGAAGUUUGCUUGUUUUAUUUUAGGAAAUAAGAAAAACCAAGUCAGGGUAGGAAACAAUAAUAAACCAGUUGGGGAACAAUGAAAUAUGAAUCUCCUCUCUGUGCCCUAAUGACUCCGGGACAGGGAAACCUUCCCUGGCUGACUGCGGAGCCACAGGUGGACCUGCUUCGGGGGGGCCUUGGCCGUCAGGAGGGUUGCCAGAGGCUUGGUUCUCCGAGACCAGGCUCUUGACCUGCUGCCGUUAUCCUCAGCCCACUGAAAGCCUCCAACUCCUGUGUGAUGCCUUCCGCUGCGAAGGGCAGCAGACCCGAGCACUGCUCUGACUGCGAGCUUCUUUAAUAAGACAGCGUCCAAAGGAUCUUCCAUUGUGACUUCCAUAGAGGAAGGGAUGCUCUGACAGAGCCCGGUGGGAGAGCUGAGCAUUCAGAACAGGUUAAUCCAGUCGCUUUGGAAGAGGUGGUCAGCAGAGUGUUCCGUGGUUAUCAGAAGCUUACGAGACAGGCUGUUACCUAACUUCACAGAACGCAGAGGCUUCAAGUGCAGGACGUUUUGCCCCUCGGGAUCUGAACAUGUGAAUGACAUCUGCCCUACGGGUGCUCAGAGCCAGAACACCUUCGCAGUGUGUUUUAUUUAUGUUGAGGAACGUGUUUCAAAAACUCAUUUUAACUUAGAGUUGUAUGAUGUCAGAAUCGAGGCCAUGUGCGAAGAGCAUUCUGGCAUUGAUGGGAAUCAGAGAAUGGAUGUUACAGACGGGUCUGUGGUAUGACACCCAAGCAUUCGUUCAGAAACAUUUAAGGCCGACUUAGAAUAUCAAAAAGCUUAUUCUAAUUCCGAUCGUGUAAAUGGAUCCUGUGUUUACAUUUUAUACAAAAUUCUUAAAAAUGACAUCUGUGGACUUCGCUGUUUUUUUUCUUAGUUAAUAAUUCAUUGCUGGUGAAUAAUCCUUAGGAGCCUCAAAGGUGAUGUAUGGCUGUGAGGACAGUUGUUUGCCUGAUCUAAUUAUUGUUUACCUAAUCUAAUUACAUAAGCUGCCUCUGCCCCUCAGAAUAUUCACAAAAGCAGAGUUUUAUUUGUGCUUCUGUGAUGGUUUCUGAGAUGAAAAGCUAAGGAUAAAUAGCCAGAUGCAAUCGGUGUUUUAAAUUAUUCUUACUGCGUGAUAUUUAUUAACAUCGAAUGGUAGUGUGACUUUGAAAUGUCAAUAACCUAAAUAGUUGAUUUUUGCACCAUUUUUAUAUCAUGGUACCUGAAAUAUAUUUUUCUCUUCUUUUUUUUCUAUCCCCCAAAGCCUCAGCUUCUCUAUAGGCUGUCCCUAAUUUGUAGUGUGGAGUGGUAAAAGUGGAUACAUUAUUUUAGGAGACCAGGAACUCUCUAAACCCAGUCACAGGUAAUUCUUUAAUUAGAAUGAAUAGAAAUGGAGCCCAUAACCUCUGUGCGUCUUCUGCAUCCCUACUCUCUGAGCUGCAGUAGCAUCUGUGAUAUGCCAGAUGUCACGCCAGGUCCCCAUCUUUGAGGCAUUCAGGGUCUCGUAAAAGGCAGUGAAUACAGAGCUUCCAAGAACCACAGUGAAGGCCCUUCCACACAGGCUCUGCCCUCUUGGGAGACACCAUAAUGCCUUACCUUUCUCAUCGUUUCUGUCGAAGAAGCUUUGGAAAGUCUCAAGUUACAGUUUUCCCAGAGGUUCUUUGGCCACGGAUCCCCUGGUCUGAAGCUUGAAUAAAACAAUCACACAGACGGUGAUUUUGAAGAGGAAGCAUUCCCAUCCCCUUUUGUACCUUGUCUUGCAGGGUGUGGAGAACACAGGCCUGUGGGGACUUGACAGCGUCCACGAAUAGUCGUGGCUCCAGGAGGCUGAUGUGGGUGGGGUCUGGUCAUACCUUUCUGCUGGCGAAGACGUGUCAUUAGGAAAGUUCAGUCCUCCGUUCACUGCUCUCUUAGAGGGAGGAUUACUUUUUUCCCAAGUUUUCUUGAAGUUAAUUGACAUGGUUGUGAUCAUUUGUGCUGUACAGCAGACUGACCCGUCGUGCAUAUACACAUAUCCAUUCUCUCCCCAGAAUGAGGGGUCAGCCAUGGCUUCAUUAAAGGGGACAAACAGAUCCUAAAUGGCUACUGCCAGUAGACCGUCACUCUGUGGCUGUGUCUUCCUAAUAACCCACUGCAAAGCCUCGAAGCCAGCCUCGUAACCCAGUGUUGCGGCUGGGGUCAUUGUGACAGCAGUGUCCAUGUCUCAUUUUACCAGGGGACAGGCAGAGACCCUCUGAUACAGCGGUUUUUAAACUUUGGAGAAGUUACAUGCCCCCUUGUAAAUAUAUUUCUUAAUGCUCUAGAGCCUCUCCUCAGAUGUAUACACAACACUAAAUAAAAUCUUUGGGGUCAUUGUGAUCCACACGCCCCAGGUUAAGGAGCUGUGUUCUGAUCGCCGGGGCCAAGCCGCAGGGAGGCUCCCAUGGCCCUUGCGAAGAGCUGCUGCCUCCAGCACUAAGUCUCCACUGGAUAUUUACUUAGUGAAACCAUGUUUGCACACUUUUGAGUGAAUUGUCCCUUUUGAGUAACUGACGUCACUUUCUCAAGUCAGACUGAAAAAGUCAAUUAAGAGAGCGAGUGAGUGGCUGGUGGUAAGCUUGGAGCGACCAGGCAGCCAGCAUCUACUGCUCUUCCCACUCUGGCCACCAGGCAUGAUUUUAUCCCAGACCCAAGUCAUUGUCCCGUGCAGCUGGCCCCCCUGGAAGGCAGGGAGGAUAGGCACACACCUGACCUGUAAGAUGCUCAGUCCUGCUUUGUCGUCAUCCUGGGAGACAGCUGGAAACAUCCCGUCAUAUGGCGGAUCCUGUUGCAUGUUCCUUUCUUUUGUGGAGGUUUCCUGUUCUGAGGAACCUCUCCUAUCCAAGAAUGAGCUAAGGGGUGGGGGUUGGGGGGUGGGCGGGAUGGAUACCACGAGCCUUGUUCCCAUGAGAACUAGUUCGUCUCUUAAAGGUGGAUGGUUGCACAGCUUUUUAAAUGCAACCAUGUUGGCUUCUUUUGCUUCUCUCUGGGAUACACUGAAGAUCUCUGAGGGUGAGAGUUUGCAAUCCACUGCUAUAUCGCAAGCCUCUGAAAAACAGUGACAGGCAUGUAAUAGGCAUUCUGUAAAUAUUUGAACAAAUGAACGUGCCAUUAGAAUAAAUCCUGGUUUGUUGGCAACUGUGGUUUGAUUUUACAACCCAAGUGGUCCUUUGUAGGACAGGGUGGGGGGCUCAGCCUCUUGGAGAGAGGAGUAGUGCUGGUAAUGACAAGGUUUCCACAUGUAAGUAGUGACAGCUGCUGAGCUUUUUAUAGAGUAAGUUGUGAUCAUUUUCCAAGUCCAAUACAAGUUCACUGUUGCCUCUUAAUGAUGAGGGCAAUUGAAAUUAGAAAGGUCCUGGCCUUGGUAAUUUCCCAGAAUAACCUCUUGAAAAGGGAUGUUGAUUGACAUGUGCAGUGAUGCACAAUUGAGGCUUCGUCUGAGGCCACUAAGAUGAGAUGGCUCCUCCUAGGCAGGCAUUGGCAUUUUAGCCCUGUUUUUCCCCAGCAAAGUGAAACCUUUAAAAAAAAAAAAGCCUGGCAAAGAUGCUAUUGUGUCAUUUGUGGAAUGUGAUAGAUGUGAAUCCGUGAUUGGUUUGUUCUGCCUGCAGUAGAUGAAAUGUAUUGUGUUUCUGGAUUCUCUUUUUAGCUCUAAAAACACUUUGUCCCUUAAAGCAUGUGGUUUGAUCAGUCACGGGUCUUCAAGUUCCUGCAAGUUCUAAGUUUCUCAAGCCUUGAGUGCUUUCCCCUUGCCCCACCAGAGGAGGGAGCUUCCGCAGUGUCACAAGUUUCCUGCAGAACCCAAAGCCAUCAGCUCCCCUUUUUUCAAACACCCGUAACUCCAGUUCAGUGGCAUUUUCUAAAGUGGUGUUUUCGGCAUAAAUUCUUUUUAAUGACUACAUUUCUUCAAAACAUUUAAGAAAAAUAUGUAUGUCCUUUUUGCUGUGUCCUUUGGGAAGAACGAUUGGUUUCUGUUCCACAGAGACUGAAGGAUAAGAACCAAUUAUGGUCUUAGAAAAUGACCUUCGAAAAAGCACAAGAACCUCACCAGCCCUGCAUUUGGGUGGUUAUCCCUGUUAGAUUUUAUAGUUCCACCCAAGUCAACUGUCCAGUUUCGACAUUCUGGCCAUGCUGACUUCCUCAAAGGAGGGUUGAGAAGGGUGAACAUUCAGGCUGCGGUGUCUACAGAUCAAAGUGAAACAGUGUUUUUGUUUGGCCGUGUUGGGUCCACCUAAAUAAAAUGUCUCUGAGUGAUGAAAAA